AUGAGUACCACAACGACAUUGCUGGAGAGCUCUCCAAUUUUCUCAGACAGUACACCUUGGGUCGGCGGUACAGGUCUCGGAAAUGCAAACCUCGGAAAGUCUGGCAGGGUCAUUGAGAAGCUCAUGGCCGAGAACGACAAACUCAAACGAGAGAUCAAAGCAGAGGCCGCCAAAAGAGAAGAGUUACAACGCACAGCAAACGCACAAAAGCCACGACUGGAAGCUCUGCAAGCCGAGAAUGCACGACUCUCACACUGUAAAGCUGUGGACGAGAGUGUCAUCAAGCGCCGCGACCGCAAGAUUGAGGAUCUCAAGGCCGAGCUUGAUAUUGAGCGACAGAAGAGAGAGUCCCUGGAGCAUCGAGCUCAAGAGGCAGAGCGCAAGAUGGGCGAACAUCAAGAGCACAGCAACAAGGAGGUCCAACUGGCUAUCGAAGAGGCCAAGCACGCAACCACACACGCUUCAAUUCUCGAGACAUCACACCGCCAGCUAUCUUCCGAAUACCGACAGCGUAUCGCAGCAGCGAGUAAGCAACUACGAGAUCUGAACGACGAUAGGGAAGAGGAUCGGAAACGCCUGAUCAAACUAGAUGUCGUCAACCACCAGAUGCGUCAAGAGUCUGAGAAAGCGAGAAAGCUGUAUAACGAACUGCUGGCAAGCUCGGACAGAUACAGAGAAGCGAAAGAUUCGGAGGUUGAUCUUGUCCUUGGAGACAUCAGAGAACUCAAAGGAGGCAUCAGUCACCGUGAGAUGAAACUCGAGAGCACGCUGGAAGAGAUGCAUGAAACAUUGAAUCGCAUGAAGUGGCUCAUGAACAUGCAGAAAGUCAACAGCGAGAAUGGCGUAAACUCGCCUCCGCCAUCACCGCCUUCCUGA